GGACCCGAGAGUAUAUUUUUUUUUCCUCACUCGAGCUCUUCCUCGCCUGCUUCCACCCAAAACACACUCAAACCAUCCCCGGAUCUUCCUUCUCCUACCACAGUCAAGGUCGCAAACACCGCAGCCAUGGCGUUCGGAAAGCUCUACACAUACGAGAAAAACCCCCGCUCGACGGCCAUCCUCGCUGUUGCGAAGGCCAACGACAAGGAGCUCGAGGUUGUUGACACCCACUCGGCCAGCGUGCCGGCGGGCUACCUCGCCCUCAACAAGCUGUCCAAGGUUCCUACCUUUGUCGGCAGCGAUGGCUACGUUCUGUCCGAAUGCAUCGCCAUUGCCAUCUACGUGACCUCCCAGAACGAGAAGACCACCCUCCUCGGCAAGACCAAGCAGGACUAUGCCUCGAUCCUCAAGUGGAUGUCUUUUUUCAACUCCGAGGUCCUCCCCCCCAUGGGUGCCUGGUACCUGCCUCUCCUGGGCAAGGACACCUACAACAAGAAGGCUGUUGAGGAGACCUCCAAGAAGACCCUCAAGGCCAUCUCGGUCGUCGAGGAGCACCUGAAGAACAACACCUUCCUGGUUGGCGAGCGCAUCACCCUGGCCGAUCUGUUCUCUGUUGGCAUCAUCGCUCGCGGCUUCGAGUUCUUCUUCGACAAACAGUGGCGCCAGGAGUACCCCCACACCACCCGGUGGUACACCACCGUCUACCAGCAGCCCAUCUACUCGGCCGUUGCUCCCCCGAUGGAGCUCCUCGAGACCCCCAAGCUGACCAACACGGCCCCCAAGAAGGCUGAGCAGCCCAAGAAGGAGGCCCCCAAGCCCAAGGCUGCCCCGGCCCAGGGCAACGACGAGGGUGAGGAGGAGGAGGAGAAGCCCAAGCCCAAGGCCAAGCACCCCUGCGACCUUCUGCCCAAGGCCUCGGUCCCCAUCGACGAGUGGAAGCGCCAGUACUCUAACAACCCCGUCCCGGCCGCCAUGGAGUGGUUCUGGAAGAACAUCAACUUCGAGGAGUACUCGCUCUGGAAGGUUGAGUACAAGUACAACGAGGAGCUCGGCAUCCCCUUCAUGUCAUGCAACCUGAUUGGCGGUUUCGAGCAGCGUCUCGAGGCCUCGCGUAAGUUCCUCAUGGGCAGCGCUUCGGUUUACGGCGAUGGCAAGGGCUCUUUCAUCCAGGGCGCUUUCGUCAUCCGCGGCCAGGACCAUGUCCAGGUCUUCGACGUUGCCCCCGACUGGGAGUCGUACACCUUCACCAAGCUUGACCCCACCAAGGAGGAGGACAAGCAGUACGUCCGUGACGAGUGGGAGUGGGAGCGCACCGUCGUCCGUGACGGCAAGGAGUACCCCCACUACGACGGCAAGGUCUUCAAGUAAAGACCGCGCUCGUGAACACAACAAAAAAAAAAAGCAAAAAAUCACAAUGAAUGGGGAAAAAGGGUAUAGGGUGAUGUUCACUUUGUUUGGCUGGGAAUAAUGGUAGGGACGGAAGGAAUGGUUGGUUGGGUACGGUGAUAGGCAUGAUGGAAUGGAAGCCAGGGUGGGAG